CCCACAUCGUUUUCUACUCAAAAACUAGUUUGGCAAUUGGAAAACGUGGGUUAAAUUUUUAUAGGUACAGCAAUUAAAGAAUGCAUAUUUGGAGGGGGAAACAAUUCAACCAACAAGUUCUUCUUAAACCCAGAAAAACAUUAAAAUAUAAAGGAAAUUCAUUCAGCUAAUCAGCUCUGAGUCCAAUGCUACCUAACACCAGUCGCAUUAAACUUCUGUUACAUUUCCCACUUUGGUCAACCCACCAAUGUUCAUUCUUCUCCUGCUUUUCACUCUCUGCACCAUUUAAACAAACACAAACAAGGCAUCUUUACAAACAGAAUUUGAUCAACCAUGUCUGAUUUUGUUACUGAAAUUUGGAAGAAAUACCUUCUGCAACUUCAAAUCCACCCUCUUAGAACCAAGGCAAUUACUGCUGGGGUUCUUGCUGGGUGUAGCGAUUUUACUGCCCAGAAGAUUUCUGGGAUCAAAAGGAUCCAAUUUAGAAGAUUAUUCCUUAUCAUGAUAUAUGGGUUCUUCUAUUCUGGACCAUUUGGGCAUUUUUUGCACAAAGUGAUGGACAAGAUUUUCAAAGGGAAGAAGGGAAACACAACUGUGGGACAGAAGGUUUUACUGGAACAAUUGACAGCAAGUCCAUGGAACAACAUGUUUUUCAUGAUGUAUUAUGGUCUUGUGGUUGAAGGAAGAUCAUGGUCACUGGUCAAGAGUAAGAUCAAGAAAGAUUACCCUCCUGUACAGUUAACUUCUUGGAAGUUUUGGCCAAUUGUAAACUGGGUAAACUACCAGUAUAUGCCUCUGCAACUCCGUGUUCUGUUUCACAGCCUCAUUGCCUCUUGCUGGGCAAUCUUCCUUAACCUUAAAGCAAAAUCUACUGCCAUCAAGAAGGCCUAAAUGAUACAUGAAGCAGUCUCCUUAAAACGGUACCUUCCUCUCACGAAUAGUUCAUCUUCAUCAGUUUCUUUACUUUCGAAGGUCAGAAAUCAUAAAACGGUGGCACCUGAAGGAGUCGGAAGUCCCGGAAUCGUUGAAGAUAAUUGUACUUGUAUGAUUGAUAAUUUAUGAAUGAAUGAUGUGUGAUUCUUGUGUUAGCCUGUCUCCAAUCAUUACCCUCUUCUUCUUGUGGGAUUGCAAGACCAUGUGGGUACUGGAGAUGGGGAACAAAAAAAAUUAAUAGUAGUAUGUUUAGUAAUUGUUUUUCAGUCAGAUCCUUUUUUAUCUGGUAAGACUUGUACUUGAAGCAGGGCAAAUAUGUGUUCCUGGGAAAACUGAGAUCAGAGGAUUUAGAUCAUAGUUCAAACUGCACAUCUUCUGAUUUCAACAAUUGCAAUCAAGUAUAUUACUACCCUCUAAUAAAAUUCUAACACUAGCA